GCGGUAAAACACGUAGGCUACAGUUAUUCACCAACUGCCACAGAGGGAGGAAGAAGAAGAAGAAGAGGAAGCCGAGCCAAACUGAGAAGCAUGGCUGCUGACAUGAGAUUACCAACUAUUCGAAAACCAUUGUCAGUUUCUGCUUUCGACCGUAAAGACUUGGUCGUCCCCGGCGAUGUUAUCACUUCAGACACUGGCUUUAUGAGGGGUCAUGGUACCUAUGUUGAUGAAGACAAGCUGACGGCCUCAGUCGCUGGAGAGGUCCAGAGAGUAGACAAGCUGAUCUGCGUCAGACCACUUAAGACCAGGUUCAAUGGUGAGGUUGGAGACGUGGUGGUUGGAAGAAUUACAGAGGUACAGCAGAAACGGUGGAAGGUGGAGACCAACUCGCGACUGGACUCUGUCCUCUUGUUGUCGUCUGUCAAUCUGCCUGGGGGAGAGCUGAGGAGAAGAUCAGCAGAAGAUGAGCUCACCAUGAGACAAUACCUUCAGGAGGGCGAUCUCAUCAGUGCAGAGGUGCAGUCUGUCUUCUCAGAUGGAGCCCUAUCACUUCACACCCGUAGUUUAAAGUAUGGAAAAUUGGGUCAAGGAGUGCUGGUUCAGCUUUCUCCUUCACUGAUCAAGAGACAGAAAACACAUUUUCACAACCUGCCAUGUGGUGCAUCCAUCAUCCUCGGGAAUAAUGGCUUUGUGUGGUUGUACCCUACACCGGGGCAACAGGAGGAGGAGGCCGGGGGCUUUUACACCAGUUUGGAGCCUGUUAGCCUGUCAGAUCGAGAGGUGAUUUCACGGUUGAGAAACUGCCUGCUAGCGUUGGCUGCACACAAGGUCCUUAUGUAUGACACCAGUGUUCUCUACUGCUAUGAAUCUUCACUUCAGCACCAGGUCAAGGAUAUCUUGAAACCAGAAGUGAUGGAGGAGAUUGUAAUGUUGACGCAACAGAAGCUGUUGGAACAGGAAGGUUAGAUGGCACCAAUCCUAACUGUGUCAAAAAGUCAAGACCACAUCAAGCAUCUAUAUCAAGGACUGACCACCUACCUGAAGACUGAACUGGCCUUUUUUCAUAGAAUCCACCCUAUUUUACCAGCCUGAUGGGCAGCUCAACAGUUCUUGGUGUUUUUUAAUUUGUUUAUAUGAAACAAAACUGCUAAUCACUUGAGCAGCUGUUCUUAAGUUUUAUAGAGGUAUAGGGGAACACUUAUUAUAAUGUGUGAUGUUAUAUAAAAACAGUGUUUGCAAUAAAUUUUCUAUAAUUUUCAGUA